AUGUGUCACACGGGAAAGAAGCCGUUCUCGUGUACGGAGUGCGGGAAAUGUUUUACUCAGAGGAUCCACCUCAUUGAACACCAGAGAACUCACACAGGGGAGAGGCCUUAUUCCUGCUCUGAAUGCGCCCAUCAGAAGACUCACUCGGCGGAAAAGCCGUUCAUUUGUUCCGAAUGCGGCAAAAGUUACCCGAUAAAGUCGUACCUUAUCCGACAUGAACAGAUUCACACGGGGAAAUACCCCUACAAAUGUUCCAAGUGCGGGGAAUGCUUCUUUCACAAGUCCUCCUUGACCAGACACGAGAGGCUUCACACGGGAGAGAAGCCAUAUUCAUGUUCCGUGUGCGGGAAAUGUUUUGCCUUGAAAUCGAAUCUGGCUGCCCACGAGAUCAUUCACACCGGGGACCUGCCGUACUGCUGUCACGAGUGCGGGAAACGUUUUAACAGGAAAUCCAAUCUGAAUGCACAUCUUCGAAUUCACAAGAGGGCGCACCUUCUCUCGUAUCAGAUGAUCCAAACGGUGGUCAUACCGUGA